AUGGUCUGGGGCCUACUAGCCGGCGCCAUGAGCGCAGGCGCCGCCCUCGGCGUCACCGUCGCCAACGAAGGCCAGCGCCAGAAAGAGCGUCGAGAAGAUAAACGGGACGCGGCGAUUGAGCGGACGCGGGUGGAGAACCAGCGGUCGGCGGAGAGGAGGGAGACGAAGGUGCGGGAGGAGAGUGCGAGGAAUUAUAGGGAUUAUGAGGGGAGGAGGAAUGGGGGUGGGAAGUGA